UCUGGUCGGCGUGUAUUGCUGCAGAGCCGACGCAUUCACGAGCCUGCGCUGCAACAUUGAAUCGAAUUAAUUUGCUUCCCCAACUGUGGUUGAAAAGAUCUUAGCUUGGAAGUGUGCGUGAAUUGAUGUGUUCGUCGGAAGUAGUGACAGGAUGAGCGCGAGUCGGACUAAAGGGUAGUGUGUGUGUACCGUAUAGCGAGUGUGAAAGAGGAGUUAUGGAAGAGAGAUCAUAGAAAAUGAAUGCGAGUGUUUGAGGGUGAGUGAACGAGGGAGAGAGAGAGAGAGAGAGGAAAGGGGGAGGUUUCUUAAGUACUUGAGCAUCAGUGACUGAUAGAGGACAACAUUGCAAGAGAGGUGUUGUUCAUGCGUCCGUCUCUAGCGUUAUCUGUGCUUGCUCACAUGGGGUAGGAGAUAUGCUGCACGCUACGGGGGCACAGUGGGAAAAGCCUGGCAACUCUGCAGAAGCUUUUUAUAGACAUAUGGAGCAGCAAUAAGUCCAAACGGCAUCAUUUCCGGACCCAAAGCCACACAAGCCGAGAGAACUACUGAGAUAUUCUGCAUGAUUUGUCUUGAAUUGGAUGUCCGGAGCUCUCUCUGUCUCCAAUUGAUGGUACUUCAUUGCAGGAUCUGUCAGGAUCACUUCUGAGUGAAGCAAUUUCUGGCUCUUCCUCCCAGGUGUCACGUUGGAUGCGUUUUUUUUCUUGCUCGAUUGGCAGUGUGACUUGUUCUUACUAUUCUCAGUGCACUUUUUUUUUUGGCAGACAUGUAUUCCUCACAUCAAGUACUGAUGGCUUCAGCACUGAAGGCUCUUCUCCUGGAUGAGGAUGCAUACGUAGAUGUGGAGAGUCAGUGAAAGGACUUAAAGAUGUCCCACUUAAGGUAGUAGACUGAUGCUCGGCAUGUCAAGAACCUCUCGAAAUAAAAGCUCAAAAGGGUGUUUUACUUAUUUAUUUUCCGGCUGUCUCAAGAACAAAGACUCUUUCAUAUUGAAAAUGCUGCUGUUUGAUUUAAUUUUAACAUCAUACAGAAUUGAUCAAAGCUUUGCUGAGAGCAGUUUGUCUCAGUGCUGAAACUUUUUGCGUUUUUUCUUGAUGCUCUCUUCCUUUCUGAACGUAUUGAGAGAUACUGGACGUUCCUGGACUGAAUGAAAAGUUUCCUAACAUCAGCGUUUCCUCAAACAGCUAUGCUAAGAUGCCCAGACCUGAGAAUGGUUCUUUCAUUCAGAUAGGGUCAAACAACACUGUGGUGGGCUUCAGACAUGAAGCCCGGUGUCCUGUCCCCUCCUGGCUGCCGCUGUCCUCCCCGUGUGAAGGAUGUUUCACGGCUCAGCACUAGGACCGACUGAAGCAAGCAGAAGCCCUGACCGGCGAGCGGAGAUCCGCAGGCACAUUAAGAUGGUCAUGGAACAGCUGGAGGAAGUUCUCGUUGAACUCAAGGACGUGGCGAAAGAGCUCCGGGAGGUUGUGGCUCAAAUUGACAAGUUAACAUCUGACAUCGACCUGGACUCAGAUGACGACCUGACACUAGUGUGCUGCAGCGAGGACCGCAGUGACCUCCUGCAAACCAAGACUUCAUCCGGCAACCAUUUACUGCACAAUCCUCUGCUAGAUACCCUCCGCUACCCAAACACGGCCAAGAAACAAGAGUUAGAGCUAUACCGCAGAAGCUGUGGAGAUCUACCCGCCCUCAACGGACCCCUGAAGGCCCCAAACAGCCCCAAAGCAACCUGGCUCUUCGGAUCUGGAGGACGCCUGCAUUACUACGACAAGACUCUAUAUCACGCGCUGUGCUGCGACGAUGAUGAUUAUGACGAAGGCAGAGGUGGAAGGAGCUCUUCAAGGCUGUCGUCCACUGAUUCGGUGUUUACAGCUUCUCCGCCGAGGUUUCUGACGCCCAGAUGUGACCGUAAAAAAUACUCCAGCCCGGACUCGCAGAAGAGAGCCCUCCGUAGCUGCAGCACGCAGACCGUUUCUGAUAAAAGCACACAGACACACUUCCCGUACAUUCCCAGCCAAACAAAGAGCUGGAAGUGACUACGAGUACUAAAACCUACCCAAAGCAUCCCAAAAAAUCUGAAGUAAUUCAUCCACAGAAUGAAACGUCUGUUGUUGUUUUUUUUACCGUCAUGCUGUUCUUUCACAGGAAGCGGAACUAAAAAAAAAAAA